AUGGGAGAUACAACAAAACCUUACUUUGUGAAGCUCACCAAAGACCGCAGAAUUAUUGAUAAUGAUUUCAGAAGGGGUUAUCCCCAACAAGAUUAUUUAAUAAUGGAUGGUUGUGCUAAAGGCCAUCGUAGUAAAAUGGAAAAGGGCCAUCCCAGAAAAAAGUCACCCGGGAACUAUAGGAACACCCCCAGGAAAGGACUAUGUGUGGUUUACAGCAAUACAUAUGCAUUUAAAAACCGAAUUUACAGUCAGCCUGCUUGGAUGAAUGAUAACCACAAAGAUCAAAAUAAGAAAUGGCUAUCUGAUGAACUCGCUGGUAAUGCAGACACCUGGAGAAAGUUCAAGCCGGGACCUAGGAUUCCUUUCAUGAGCCGGUCAAGGAAAGAAUCCUUUCAGGAGAGUGACAAUGCCUACAGGUGGCUGGAGGGGAGAGGCUGCAGAACGGUGAGAAGGUUGUUUCAGAAAGACCUCACCAGCCUACAAGCCAUGUCAGAAAUGGAAGCAGGAAGUCCUGAAAGCAAGAAACAGUGCUCCAGACCUUGUAAGCCACAGAGGACUAGAAUGGACAACGGGGAGCAGGACGGAGACUUGGACCACCCUGUGAUCGACGAGUCUGUCCUUUCAACCAAGGAGCUACUGGACCUACAGCAGGCUGAGGAACGGCUCAAGAGAGACUGCAUCGACAGGCUGAAAAGACGUCCACGAAAUUACCCGACAGCGAAGUAUACCUGCAAACUGUGCGAUGCUCUGAUUGACUCCAUCCCUUUUGCUCAUAAGCACAUCGAGGAGAAGAGGCACAAGAAGAAACUUAAGGAAAAGCAGGAGGAAGAAUUGCUCACCACACUGCCCGCGCCAGCGCCCUCCCAGAUACAUGCAGUUUGCAGCGCUAUUGACAGAGUGGUGCAGGAGUUUGGUUUACACAGUGAAAAUUUGGAUCAGAGGCUAGAAAUUAAGCUUGUCAUGGAAAGUGUGAUCCAGAACAAACUACCAGACUGUUCUCUUAGGCUUUAUGGAUCCUCCUGUAGCAGACUGGGCUUCAGAGACUCUGACGUGAACAUUGAUGUUCAGUUUCCAACUGUCAUGUCUCAGCCAGAUGUCCUCUUACUUGUUCAAGAAUGUUUAAAGAACAGUGACUCCUUUAUUGAUGUUAAGACUGAUUUCCAUGCCGGAGUCCCUCUGGUGGUGUGCAGAGAUAAGCAAAGUGGCCUUCUUUGUAAAGUAAGUGCAGGAAACGAAAACGCCUGGCUGACCACAAAGCACCUAACGGCUCUUGGAAAACUAGAACCAAGGCUGGUUCCUCUGGUGAUUGCAUUUAGAUACUGGGCAAAGCUUUGUAGCAUCGAUCACCCUGAGGAAGGAGGCCUGCCACCAUCUGUGUUUGCUCUCAUGGCUGUUUUCUUCCUUCAGCAAAGAAAGGAACCUCUCCUGCCAGUUUAUCUAGGAUCGUGGAUUGAAGAAUUCUCACUAAAUAAAUUAGGGAAUUUCAGCCUUAAAGACAUUGAGAAACACAAUGUGGUCUGGGAGUACACUGACAACAGCACAGGGGACACCAGCUCAGCAAAAGAGAAGACACCCAAAGAGACUGCAGCAAAGAAGGGACAGGUGCCAUUAACAUUUAAUGUAAAACAUCUGCCUUCAGUGCCAGUCGGGCAGCUCUGGGUGGAACUGCUGCGGUUCUAUGCUCUAGAGUUUAAUCUGGCUGAUUUAGUGAUCAGUAUUCGUGUCAAAGAAUUGAUAUCACGGGAAUCAAAGAACUGGCCCAAAAAGUGCAUCGCAAUCGAAGACCCCUAUUCUGUUAAAAGAAAUGUGGCAGAGACCCUGAAUAGCCAAACUGUGUUUGAGUAUAUACUUCAUUGUUUGAGGACAACAUAUAAAUAUUUUGCUCUUCCACACAAAAUUACAAAACCCAACCUCACAAAGCCUCCUAACCCAAUCGCCUGUGUUUCAGACCCUUACAAAGAAGACAAGGAGGGGGUUGCUAAUGAACAUCAGGUGGACAGCAGGUAUACUGGGUCAGGUGAGAAGGACACCCUCUCUGAAGAUGACUUAGCUGAGCCUGCUAAGGGUGAAGAUCCAGAAGAAUGUGGCAAACACAUGAGUGGGGCUCUGCUCAUAGACCUAGAUAGAAUAACUCUUAAAGAAGAAAGCUUUUCUGAGGAAAAUUCACCCAGGGGCCAGUCUGAGUUCUUCUAUGAAUUUAGAAAGCUGACCUUCACCAAAGGCGAGUCUCCCCCAGUAGCAUGCAGCUUGUGUAAGCGAAAAGGUCACCUAAAGAAGGACUGUCCUGAGGACUUCAAGAGGAUCCAGCUGGAACCUUUGCCACCCAUGACCCCCAAGUUCUCAAAUAUCUUAGAUCAAGUCUGCAUCCAGUGUUACAAGCAUUUUUUUCUAACUAUUGUAGAAGACCAGGCUCGUGAACAUAUCCGGCAAAGUCUAGAAAGUUUCAUAAAAAAGGACUUUCCAGGAGCUAAAUUGAGCUUGUUUGGCUCCUCCAAAAAUGGAUUUGGGUUCAAACGGAGUGACCUUGACAUCUGUAUGACAAUUAAUGGAUGUGAGACUGCUGAGGAGCUGGACUGUGUUAGAACUAUUGAGGAGCUGGCACAAGUCCUCAGAAAGCACUCAGGGUUAAGGGACAUCCUGACUAUCACAACAGCCAAGGUGCCCAUUGUGAAGUUCUUCCAUCUAAGAAGUGGUUUGGAGGUGGACAUCAGCUUGCAUAACACACUGGCUCUUCAUAACACAAAGCUCUUGUCUGCAUACUCAGCCAUUGACCCCAGAGUGAAAUAUCUGUGCUACACCAUGAAAGUGUUCACAAAGAUGUGUGACAUUAGUGAUGCGUCCAGGGGCCGCUUGUCAUCCUACGCCUACACACUUAUGGUGCUAUAUUUCCUCCAGCAGAGGUCUCCACCUGUCAUCCCCGUGCUUCAAGAGAUAUACAAAGGUGAAAAGAAACCAGAGAUACUUGUGGAUGGAUGGAAUGUUUACUUUUUCGAUCAAAUGCAUGAACUGCCCACUUGUUGGCCAGAAUAUGGAAAAAAUACAGAAUCUGUUGGGCAGCUGUGGUUGGGACUUCUACGCUUCUACACUGAGGAGUUUGACUUUAAGGAACAUGUAAUCAGCAUCAGAAGAAAAAGUCUGCUUACAACGUUCAAGAAACAGUGGACCUCAAAAUACAUCAGUAUCGAAGAUCCCUUUCAUUUGAAUCAUAAUCUUGGUGCUGGAUUAUCAAUGAAAAUGACAAAUUUUAUAAUGAAAGCUUUUAUCAAUGGUAGGAGAGUAUUUGGAAUUCCAGUCAAAGGAGUUCCAAACAACAAACUCUCCAAACUGGUAUACUUUUUUGAUCCAGAUGUCCUAACUGAGGGAGAGCCAACCCCAAAUGACAGGUGCUGCCGAAUCUGUGGGAAAAUAGGGCACUUCAUCAAGGACUGUCCCAUGAGGGAAAAAAUGAGGCAAUGGCAAGACCAGGAAGAUACCCCAAACCAAAGGUACUCAGAGAGCAAAGAAACAAGAAGCAAAGAGGACAAAGAAAUUCAGAAAAAGUACACAGAAAAGGAAAUGACAAAAGAAGAUAAGCCCACACCAAGCACAGCUGCAAAAGCCAAGCCAGUGAGGGCCAUUGUUGACCUGGGCCAGAAGAAACUUCUCAGGACACCAGCAGAAAAGUGGAAGAGACAGGAUGACAGAAACUCAAGAAAAAAGCAUUGUUUCAUCUGUGGAAGAGAAGGACACAUUAAAAGGGAAUGCCCACAGUUCAAAGUCCCUUCAGGUAACCUUUCCAGUAAAUAUAUGACUCAGGGGAGAGCUUCAGUGAAAAUGACCCAGCCAGAAUCAUGGGGGAAAGAAAUGCAGCACCGGAAAUGGCACUCAAAUGUCCCUGUCCACUUGGGAAAUUAG